AAAUGAAAAUACAGUUCAGAAUUUAUCAAUACACAGUGGGUUUAAAGAAUCCCGAAAGAUUAAUAUUGACGUUUUUCUUAAGAAUUUCAAUGUCUGUAAAUGGAUUUUAUUCGCUUGAGGAAAUAUUUAGGAUUUCUAUUUAAAUUGAUAACACGAUCCAAUAACUUUGCUUCAUGGGAUGUUUGAUCGGGGUAAUUCAAUUAUAGAGACUUUUAGAAAAUUCCACAAAAAGAGACCCCCAUGGUGUUCUCUUAGGAACUAUUGUAAUCAACUCUGGAACUGGUAUGAAGAAAGCACUAAUUAAAAGUGGAACAUUACUUUAAAACAUAGAACUAACAGAGAAAGUAAUAUAUAAAAAACAUGGGGCAGAGACAAAACAUAAAGAUAGAGCUUGAUGUGCUGCUACUAAGUUGACGGUCAGUAUCCCAAAUGGUACAGACUACAUAGUUUCACCAAUUGACUUUCGCACAACCAGAAAUGUCGACUGCAAUAGAAAAACUACGGGUUGAUGGAAACGUCUUUCAAACAAAGACAACGAGAAACGAAUCCAAACCUCUCAAUUUGCCAAGAGCUCCCGAAAUGAAUUCAAAUCUCGUGUUCAAUGCCGGAUACAAUGUUAUGCCAAGUAAUUGUGGAAAUAUUCAAACUAGAAUCGAACUGGAAGCCAUUUUGAAGCAAAAGAGUCCGAGGUCUUCAUCAUCCAAAGCUACACCAGUGGCCAAAAAGAUGGAUUACUUGUCACGCGUAAAGGACUCAAACCGGGGUCUUUCAUCAAUGGAUAUUGAUCAAAAUGUGAGCAGAAUGCCAACGAUUAAUUUCCAGUUGCAUGGCCAAAGGGUCAGGGCCCAAAGUGCCCCAGAACCAAUCACAUUUCUCCCAGAAGUCAUAUCUGAAGAGAGAAGAGUCAGGAGACAACGUGAAAAAGAAAUGAAGGAAUUGCACAAUAAACGUGCAAGAGUGAAAAACAAUGAACGCCCAAAGACCGAUCAUCCCAAAGGAGACCAGCUGUAUUUACCAUCAUUGAAUUUUGGAUCAGUCGGUACAUCUAGAUUUCCUGAUUUUGACGAUGGUGGCAUUGACGGCAGGCGGUUAUUUUCACCGUUUCGUAUUCCUUCACCAUAUAUUACUGAUUUGGAGUAUUUCGAUUUCGCGGACACAUCAGAAUAUAUGUUUCCGCAAAGAAAAGCAAAACGAGCCCCGAGCACAGUGGAUAAAAACAACAAUGCACUCAACCUACAAGACUUGGAUCUUUGCUUAAAUAUUAAGAACGAAGCUGAGAUAAAAGGUUCCCGCCAAAAUCUAACAUUCGACGAAAUUCGAUUGAAUCAUGAUGGUCAAUUUAUGCAUUAUCCAGUGACUCCAAACAAUCCAUAUCGGAAUAUUAAAUCACAGCAAAAGAAAAAGCGACCAUUCCAAUUCAACUCACUGGACAGCUAUUUGAAUUUUAAUAAAGCUCUCCAAGAAAAUGAUACUAAUAAGGUGCGGUCCCCACCUAUGAAAUCCAUCGAGGGGCAAGCCUUCUCGGAUACCCUAUUACUCCAGAUGAUGUUUGAACUGAAUAGACCAGCAACGGUUGACGUUGAUGACCCGACUACUCCUUUAGCAAGAACAUCAAAGGUCACACCACGCACUCCAAGAUACAGUAAACCAAACACAAAUACUGCAAAUACUCCCAAAAGCGCCAUGAAAAAACAGAACCAAACAUUGUAAAAAACAGUCUUUAAGAAAUGGUUCGUCAUGCCCCAUGUUUAAAUGUAUCAUGGGCUUUCAAAAGAUUGAAUGCCCUGAUGGAUGUAUUGAGGAGUCACCUCAAGUCGAACCAUCACCUUGGGUUGUGUAUGAGACUACACUAUUAUUGUUCUACACUGUAUUGCCAAACUUUUUAUUUGUUGUAAUAUGAAGCUUCGAUUGCGAAGUAAUUAAAUUAAAUCCGUCAUCAUUUGUUGAGAAAUACAAGACUGCAAGAUCUGAAAUAAAUAAGAUGUAUU